UUUGGUCGUCAGCUGGAAGAGAGAAAGCAACAGAGAGACCCGAAAGGACUUCCUGACACUGACUUUAAUGUGUGUUAACGACGAUGAAAUGAACUUGUUUCCACCAGAAGGACUCAGGAGUGUGUUCCCAUGAACCGAGAACACCGGAUGAUGGAGGGGGGGGUGGUGGGCAGUGUCCCACCGGUGGCUCCCCCGACGGUCAAGCUGAAGUGGGCCGAACACCUGACCACUUCAUGGCUUGCAGAGGAUUGCCAGGCGAUCGCUCUACGAGAUUCUGUCUUAGCUCUGUAUGACAGGCUUCUUCGAAAACAAGUACUGAAUACUACAUCCUCAUUGGUCCUGCUGCAGGAGGUGGUGGUGGUGGCAGGGCCUGGAUGCGUCAUGCGCGGAGGCCCACAGCUCCCAGACUAUGAGCCGGAGCCUCCCUCGUCUGCAGAUCAGCUCAGUCACGUCAAUGCUCUCCUAGCAUCGCAGGCUGCUUUUGGCUCGUGUGAUUUCAGGAGAUUCCUAAAUGUUGUAAAGGAAAAUUUCUUUAUGGCCACGAUGAAAGUAUUUUCUACUGCAGCCCAGCCCCGUUUCUCUGCCCUCCUCCACAAGCGACUGAUCGUGCUGCAGAGGAUUUACCAUGCUCUGGCGCGAAGCUUCCACCAAGGCUCGAGGGAGAGGGAGAGAGCCUUAACAGGAACCACUGAACGAGGACCCACGACAGACCUCCAGGGCAACGGUGCUUCUCUUUCCGCCAAUGAGGCCCUGGUCGAGCUUGGAGUGCGCACCGGGUUGUCGCUUCUCUUCACGAUACUUAGACAGGGCUGGCUGAAUAACUCUGGUGGAAGUCUUUGUUCCGAAGUAUUGGGGACAGCAGUGUCAGUUGUUCGGGCACUUCCACCUCUUUCUCUGGCAGUUGAGUCUAAGCUGCCUCGCGUUGGCCUAGCAUCACUGUCACAGCUGACAACCUUUCUUGCGGAAACUGCAAAACCAUCGUCACCUGCAGAUCCCACUGGUCGAAAGUUGAGUGCAGAGUUACUACUUGGAUUAAGUCUCCAGAGAGGGUCGUUGCGCUACUUACUGGAAUGGGUUCACAUGGCCCUCAGUGCUGCCACAACUGCCGCAGAGGACACCAGUGAUGGGACUUGCAUCAGUAGCAGCUGUCUGCAGGAGGUAAUGAAUUCUCUGGCGCAGAGUGGGGAGUGCAUCAUAGGUGGGCUAAUACCCGGUGCACUUGAUGACCACACAGUACCACUCUACCAAGCCUCUCUCAUACUGAUGGAGAAACUCACAUUGUUGGCUUGUGAAUAUGCUCGUACGUGCAUUGGUGAUUCGUGCGAAGAAGUGAAUGAAACGAAUGAAUCUUGCGACGUAUAUGUGUGGGGCAGCAACUCCUCACAUCAGCUGGCAGAAGGAACUCAGGAUAAGAUUCUCUCUCCAAAACUGACUCAUGCAUUCAGCAGUGUGCAGCAGGUGGAAGCUGGACAGUAUUGCACAUUCGUGGUGCACAGUGACGGGGGAGUGAGUGCCUGUGGGAAGGGAAGCUACGGCAGGCUGGGUCUUGGUGACUCCAACAAUCAGCCCUCACCACGGAGACUGAACUUGGAUGCGAGGGUGAGGAGAGUCUCAUCCUCCAAAGGCAGCGAUGGCCACACCAUGGCACUGUCCACAUCUGGUCAAGUCUACACGUGGGGUGACGGUGAUUAUGGGAAGCUAGGUCAUGGAAAUAAUGUGACCCAGAAGUACCCAAGGCUCAUAGCAGGGCCUCUCAGUGUUAAAGUGGUGCGGUGGGUAUCUGCAGGAUACCGUCAUUCAGCCUGUGUGACCCAGGAGGGAGAACUGUAUACGUGGGGUGAAGGCGACUAUGGGAGAUUGGGGCACGGAGAUAGCACAAGUCGAAAUGUGCCAACGCUUGUGAGGGAUAUAUCUGGUGUGGGUCAAGUGGUGUGCGGCAGUGCCCACACACUUGCUCUCUCAGCCGAUGGUAGGACAGUGUGGUCAUUCGGAUCAGGUGACCAUGGUAAAUUAGGCCAUGGUGAUACAGCGAAAGUCUACCGUCCUCGUGUCAUUGAAGCUUUGCAAGGCCUCACCAUCCGAAAACUAACGACAGGAACCCAAGUAUCGUUUGCUCUUGCCGCUCAUGGGCAGGUAUGGGUAUGGGGGUCAGGCGCAUGUCUGGCCCUGGGAUCGUCUGACGCGACCAUGCUCAGGCCUCGUCCCAUUGAGGAGCUGGCAGGACUGAGGAUUGUCGACAUCUCUGCGGGAGAUUCACACGCUCUUGCACUAACCCAUGAAGGCGAGGUUUAUGCCUGGGGAUCAAACACAAUGGGUCAGUGUGGCCAGGGACACACAGUAUCACCCAUUACGAGGCCAAAGAAAGUGAUGGGGUUAGAUGUUGCCGUGCAUCAGAUCAGUGCAGGAACCACGCAUUCUAUGGCAUGGACAGCCAUACCAACUGAUCGACGAGUGGUAUCCUGGCACCGGCCAUUCUGCGUUGACCUGCAGGAAGGAACGUUUUCUCUGCUACGUACAUUCAUUGAGCUCUACUGCUGCUUUGACGAUACUGAACAGCCUGUAAAGCCAUUUGCUUCUGUCAGAGAGCAAGAGAAAUUUGUGCUCCUGUGUUUACAGCUGCUCAACACACACCUGUCACUAGCUCUGACUGGGGGCAUGACACAGACGGUUCUAGGAUCAGAAGCAGCACCUCUUCGGCAGCUGCUCUUCAGAUUAGUAGAUGCGAAGUUACCCCGGGCAAUAGAGGCAGGUGUGUGUGAAGGACUUAGCUCGCCACUCCUCCUGCCGCCUUUAGCCUCUCGUAUGAGCCUCCUCUAUAAUCUCCUCCCGAAGUCACCGGAAGACUGGGGGCAGCUCUCUCGUGGCCAGCGUCUGCAACUAGGAAUUCUGGUUGUGAGUCUCGAGGACCACAGCCAUGUAGCUGCACUGCUGGGUUAUGGGUCCCCUGAGGAUGCCCCUUCUAUGCAACAUGGCUCCUCUGCUACACUGCCCCAAGACCUCAUGCACACGCUGUUGGCAAAUCUGAGAUUCCAUGCAGAACACCAGUUAAAUCAAAUCCUUGAAGAAGAAAAGCCAGCCAAAAGUGGCCUCCUGAAAGACACCCGUCAUGUUUGCCAACCGGCAACCCAACAAGCCAGCUAUGAUGUGGAAGUGAAGGGACCACAAGUUGCCUCGGUACAAGAGCCUCAGGCUGUAUGUCAAGAGGGCUCGCCUGGGAUGCAGCAAGGACAACAAAAGUUACCGACCAUUGCCAUUCAGGAUUAUGGCAAGGACAAAAUGGGGCCGAGCAGCUACGAAACAAGACAUCAGUACAUAGACUCGCAGCUUGGGGGUACUCAUCCUCAACAUCUGCUUCGCCUUUUAUCCACGCUUCAUUCACACCUACUGGCUUACUGUACUCACCAUCAGUUCGAAGAGCUUUGUUGUCAGAAGUCAGCGAGCAUGCAUCUCUUAUAUGACCAUCUGAGUGAACUCUUGGAAGUAUGUGGUGAGCUGCUAAAACAAACAUCCAAGCUGCUAGCCUCACACCCAGGGUUUGCUCAUCUUAUUCAUGAUGUUGUCUACCGGAGUGUGUGUGGCUGGGUCAUGGCCCACAUUGUGUAUGCUCUUCUGCUGUUUCCGGCCAGGCUGGUUCGUCCUUUGCUUGGCCCCCUGAGAGCCAUUCUCCCCAUCCUGGACUCAACAAACCGCACUAUAGCCUCGGUCACUUCUUUCACGGACCAAGAAGAUGUAACCUCAGAAUCCAUCUUUGCCAGCAUAAGAUUGGUUGAACCUAGUUUGAAACUAAUUUAUUUAACUUAUGUACAGAGAGCUGUAUUUGAAACUACAACUUACUUCCUAUUUGUUAUAAUCUUUGAAUGGUUGUACAAUGUUGGUGGUGGUUGUCGUCAGUGGGCCUGGCUGUUGGACGUAGAACGAGCUUGUGGACUUGUGGUUGGUCGCUGCUUAGAAGGGAUGCUGCUCGGUCCGCCAUUAACACCCAAUGAAGUCCGUUGUAAACCUUGGCUCUCCACACAGCUCUUCUGCAGUGGUCUUGCUGUGGAAAAUUUAUGUCCAGGCAACCUCCACUCUAUGGUCUAUGAGAGAGACUACAAAAAGGAGUUGUUACUAGACUUUGUGCUGCUUAAUAUACCCUUUAUUAACUUCUACACUGAGACACUCAUGCCUAAGAUCAAUUCUAGUGGAACUGAAGUUCACGAGCGAUCGCAAGACGGAUCAGAGUCUGCGCAGGAUGAAGAACGUGCUCGUGUGGAAUUGGUUGAGCAGAUGCUGUCUCUGAGGGUGUCCCUAAACCAUGAACCAGCUCGUCUGAUCACUCAGGGACCUUUUGAAGACCAAGAUGCAGAUGAAAGUGGUCAGGAUCCUGUGGAGGAAGGUGUGAGUUACGAAGCUGCUAAUAUACACAUAAUUACCCAGUGUCUUGUUCUGAUGAUGUGUGUGCAGCCUGCGAAGCUCUUCAACCAAGCACCGAUAGAAUUAUCCAUCCAGGAGGUGAUUGGGAUUGUGUUAGGACGUUGCGUGGAAGUGCUGAGGUUUGUUGGAGCCGAGGACCACCAGCUGUCCCACAUUAAAACCACCCACACCCUUCCUCCAGGACCAGAGGUGCUGCUGGCGUCUAUGACCAUCCAGCAGGCCCGAGCAGAGUCUCGCUUGAAAGCCUUGGAACUGAUGCUGAGUCUGCUGACACCAGUCCAGGAUGGCGAGAAGAGUGAGGAGGACGGCAGACAGAAUGCCUCUCUGGAAAAGACUUGUGGAUCUCUCUUGCCUUCUGUUUAUCAUGAGGUCAUGACUGGGUGCUUUGGCCUGGAGAGCCUAUGGAGCAGCAGCAGCUAUUCCCUGAUUCGGUCGCUAGAGGCCACGCAUUACCUGGACGGCAUAAGGGCUGCCACACAACCCAUGCAGCAGAGAAUAGCUAGGACUGUCCAUAUUAUAUACAAGCAUUUGGUGUCGUCUCUCCUUCAGCAUGAACAGCCAGAUAAAGGACUCCGAGAACGAUUGUGCCUGCUCACAGUCUUUGCCCUGAGUGUUCGAUAUGAGGCUGCAGAUCUUAGUCUAGCUGUCUCUAGUGGGCUUCUGGAUGCCCUGGUACGGAUGUGCUGCCCCUAUGACCCUCCGGCUUUGCGACAUACUCCACACCCAUCGCCUUCUGAUCUUCUGCCCCAUGCUACUCAUACGCUCUUCCAAAUCCUUACCAUCUUAACGGGGUAUUAUGCUGAGGAUAUCAGCACAUCAGUGCUUGGCCAAGUAAUGAAUCUGCUGUACCUGCAAGUAGAAAAUCUAGCAAACCAUAUAAUUAAAGCCAAUGAAACUUCAUGGACAAGUUUCAGCCAUUGUGAACCUGCAGUUCCUGAAGAGAAAAAGAAUGUGGAGGUGAUAUCAGAAGAAACACCAAUGGACAGAGAAGAAUCUGAGACAAAUGAAAUGGAUGUAGAAAUAACAAAUGUAAAAGAAAAGAAGGCUGGCCAAAGAAAGUUAGAGUUGCAUCUUCCAGGACUGAAUGCAGAGCCAGUGAGCAGUAAUACAGGAGAUGCAAGAAAACGUAGACAUUUAGAAGUAACCCUUGGUAACUUGCUUGUGUUUGUUCGUCGUUUAUGUGUAAACCGAAGGGUGAGAGAGCUAGUUGGCAGGCAUCCUUGGGUGCGGUUAUUAUUGUUAGUGACAGGAGAGCAAGCAGAGACACACCUACCACAGAUGAUCAGUGUCAGGACACGAGUAUUGGCACUUACUCUACUUGGGGCAACUCUUCCAUAUUCUGAUCUUGACCUUGAAGCACGUGAACAAGUAGUAAGACAGCUGUUUAUGCAACUAGCAGCCAACAUGUGGGUGAUACCAUCAGCUCAGGCACAUCUUAAGGCCAGCCAGUUACUCAUGGAACUACAGCGUCAUCUGGUAAGGCUCUCGAGUCCAGAUCUCCUUGAUGAGCAGUCUCGGCCAGAGUCUCCUGAUGAUAACCUACCUGUACAAGAGGUUGGAUUUGAUCCUGAUAAGUCUGUCUGUUGCUCUGUAGAAGGAGGUCACACACUUGUGCAUGGGCCAGGUGGACGAGGAUAUGGUCUAGGAUCCACACCAAUAACUUCUGGAUGUUACCAGUGGAAAUUCCUCAUUGUAAAGGAAAACAGAGGUAAUGAAGGUACCUGUGUUGGAGUUUCGAAGUACCCUGUACGAGACUAUAGCCAUAGGACAUCUUCAGAUAUGUGGCUGUAUAGGGCAUACUCUGGGAACCUCUACCAUAAUGGAGAACUUAGCAUUUCACUUCCAAGCUUUACACAGGGAGACUACAUUACAGUUGUACUUGAUAUGGAAGCCAGAACUCUGAGCUUUGGAAAGAAUGGGGAGGAACCACGUCUUGCUUUCGAGAACAUUGAUGCAACGGAGCUAUAUCCAUGUGUGAUGUUUUACAGCACCAAUCCUGGAGAAAAGGUGAAGAUGGUAGACAUGCAAGUGAGAGGCUCCCCAAGAGACCUAGAUCCUGGAGACCCUCUGUGUGCUCCUCAAGCAGCUGUGCUGGCAGAGGCUCACAUUGCUCUGCUCCGUCAACUUCACGAGGCUCCAAUCUGGACACAGCAAGUGAAUGAUUGCAUAAUAGAAAGACUGAACCAGACCAAAGAGCUCAUACCCCAACCAAAGGAUGUCCCUGAGAGUGUAGAAACAGUUUCAAAGAGUGAGUCAGACACUGAAGAUCCAACCUUUGACUUUGAACCACUUGUCAACACAAGUGAGGUUCAGACAUCAAGAGAAACUUCUCGAGAAGACCUUGUUUUAACUCUUGAUGAACGACUGGAGCAAGAAGAACGAACAAAGAAAAAGACGGGAUCCUGCUCAGACGACGACGAUAGGAACACCCCAAGAGCAACUCCCAGAUCAGGCUCAGAUUCCAUCAGUCAAGAGAAGAAGACUCUGAAAGGGAAAUCCUGCAAACAGAAUCUUGUAUAUGAAAUGAAUCUUGAGCAGCUGUGCAAAGAAGUUUAUCCUGCUCUUGCCAUGAUUGGUGGAGUGGACAGCGGGUUGCGUGUUGGGGGCCAAUGUGUCCAGAAGGGUACAGGUCGCAGGGCCAUGGUUCUGGGUGCGCUGCGUCAAGGGCAUCCUGCUGUGAAGGUACAAUGGUGUGACUGGGAUACAAGUAUUAGUGAUGUGCCAGUAUCUUUCUUGGAGCCAGUGGAACCACCACCUUUCGAUGUCUCAAAAAUGACUGGCAUAACAGCUCAGGUCAUUACACAGAUCAUGCGACUGGCUGGUCUUACCCAAGAGAUUGAGUUUCCAAAAGUCACCUACAACCAUGAGACAGAUGAGGUGCACACUUCAUCUACAGGCAGCCUGAUCUCCCCACACCUUCCCCAAGCACAUGAAGAAGCUAAGUCCCAAAAUGCAGUGAACUCGAGCGGGCCGUCACACUCGCCAAGUCCUCGCAAAGGGUCCAGGGGAAGUGGUGAUGGCUUGACAAUGGAACUGUUGACGGACCAGCUUGUUACGAACAUUAUGGACGAGGUAACUGGGAGAUCAGUAGAAGUCCCAGAGCAGCAAGAGCCGGUAGUACCAACACAAAAAGAUUCUCCUCAGGUAACUAAUACAGGAGAGUUGGCAGUAGAGGAAGGAAUGGCGCUGCGCUUGGCGUUCCUCCAGAGUGCCAGUUUGCGUGCCAUUUGUGCCAUCAUGAACUGCACACGCUAUGCAGAGAUGUUGCUGGUUCCCAAGGCUGCACAAGAGAAGGAUGGUGGUGAAAAGGGUAGUUCUGUGUCCCUUUUGCAUGAGGAAGAUGAAAUCCGCACAGCAAUAAGAGUUCUUGUCCGACAUCUGGUUUCUGCCUGUACUCUAGCACAGCCACUAAAGAGGCAAGUGAGUGUGGCUGAAGUGGAGCGAUCACACCUGGUCCUUCAUAGCAUGUGCAUGAGAGCCUGGGCAGAGGACAGCCUGAGUGUUGCUGACACCCAGUCUCGCAUCAUGGCUCUGACAGCAAAUGAAGAAAGAGUUACAGAUCAGAUUGUGGAGGCAACAGAAAGGCCACAGAGUAUCAUCACUGAACUUCCUACGACAGGAACAGAUGUGAGAGCCCCCAAACGACCAAUUCCUUCCCUAGGUCUGCCUAUAACAGUACCUUGUGCUCCAGCUAGUCAUCCUGGAGGGGAAGUGCACUCUAUACACUCUGCCUCCCAGUCGUCUCGCACAACCCACAGUCCUUCAAGGGGUCGUUCUGUGGGCCCCCUGACCCCCCAGAGUGCCCCACUUCCCCCCAUGGCAAGGAGUCACUCUCUCCUUCCCUCCUCUGACCCCCCUCCCUCCCUUGCCUCCCCCGAUCGCCACUCCGCUGCUGGAGAUGGGAUUUUCGCUCAAACACAUUCAAAAAGCUAUUGCUGCCCAAGAGGCCACAAGGGUGAACCAUCAGCAGCUCAAAUCAACCAGCUUGUGACAUGGAUGCUGGAGCACCCCUGCAUUGAUGCCAGUGAGACCAGUGAGAGGAGGCGUUCUCACGAUGACACCUCAUCCUCUUCUGUUGCUGCUGCAGCUGCACAGUUAAUUGAAAGAAGUGAUAUACAGGAUCUCAGCGGAAGGAGGAUGAUUCUCCGAAGAGGAGGCUGCGUUGAUCUCCGUUCAUCUGUGGUUCCUUCAAGACCGUCGGGACGUGGAUUAGACACCAGGGACACCGAGAGCUCAAGACAAAUGCAGCACGGGCGCAGCGAGCCAACACGCUUCAGAUACGGAGGAGUGGGGUUCGAAGACCAACUGAGAGGGUCAGACGACUCCAUUGGAACUUUGCCCAAUGAUUUAGACCAAUGGUUGUGUGGCUCUGUUGGGCCAGACUCUAUGCAGGGAUCUUCUGCCUUAUCUGCAUCUAGGGAUCGAGAAUGGAGGGCUUUGAUGGAGGUAGCAACAAAUAACGAUGGGGACAGGACUCUCAGCAUCUGUGAAGUUUGUCACCAUGCCACAAGCAACCUCCGUCAACACAUGCGAGUUGCCCACCCUGGUUGUGCCCGCCCCUGGAUGGCAGGUGUUUGUGGUACGCUUAUUGGUGGAACGUACAUCUUAUGUGAGGUAUGCCAGGAGCAGCAUGCAGGCGGCAGCAGCAGCAUUGGGGGUUCUGGGGGCUCCGGGGAUGGUCAAGAUCGGCUGCGGGACUUGACUACUGUCCUGGCCCCUGACUUGGCCCCAGCUCCUCUUGCCACCAUGGAAGAUGACGGCCUCAGCAUGAAUGAGAUUGACCUGAAGAUGACAAAUUACAGUGUGAUAGCUUCGCGUCUUGGUCUCACGGACAGAAGGCCCAUACCAGACCCCAUGCCAUUCCCUCGCCCUGACCCCCUCGGAUCGACCACGCUCGUGUCAAACAUUGGCGAAUCCCCUGAAGCCACUAAUACUUCAGGAGCUCGGCCGCGCGAUAGCAACAUUACCGCUGUACCUGAUCGAAGCUUAGGAGAACAGGCUGCUGCUCUCACUUCCCCAAUUGCAAGAAUCUCAGCUCUCCGCCGCACCACACACGCCCUCAGGGUCACCAUAGCUCGUGCCGUUGUGAUGCGAGCUCUGUCUCUCCUUGCCUUGAGUGGCGGGUCUUGUGAUCUGUGGGCUGGGCUCAAUGCCCUUGGGCUCUGUGAUGUUCGCCUUCUAGUCCGAUUGAUGUGGUUGGUUGCACAAGGACGUGUACCACUUGAUGGAUCUGCUCGGACAACCGGUGCAGUGCUACAGCCAACAGACAUCACCACAAGCCUCGCACACUUGAGUGACGCUAUUGGUGCUCUUGCCCAAAACGACACAGAUGCAGCCAAACUGCUUCUACAUUUGUGUACACAGCAUUUGAUGGUAGCAGCCAUGGGCAUGUCCAGUGGAGACAUUGUAGGAGGAUCAGGAGAAGAAGAUGUUGAUGUGACGCUUUGCGAGGAGCGGAGAGGCUGCCAGAAUGCCUCUGCCAUGCACCAGACAAGCUUUCCCGUAACGCAGGCACUCGUGUCCCUCCUGGCAGCAAAUUCCUCGCUUAUUCAUUUGGCCGGAAAAGGAGAAGCUGUAACGUCUCCAGUGACAGCAAGUGGGGGACAGGGAGACCCAGGAAUUCAACUUGCUAAUGCCCUUGCUGCUUGCAUACUGUCCACACGGCUUCCACACUCGCACCGUCAGUGGGCUGCAACUCAGCUGGUUGAAUGCAUUGGAGGCCGUGCACAGCUGGCUGAACAUUGUAGUGAUUUUCCGGGGCCAAAUAUCAGCAGCGCAGCAGACUUCACAGGAGCUCUGCCUCGUGUGCCAACUUCUUACCUAGAAGGGCAUACUGCAUGUGCUUCAAGGGCCCUGUGGAUGCCAGGAAAGAACUUGCUUGUUACCAGUGGACAUGAUGGCUCGGUAAGAACUUGGAAGGUGAGUCAACGUUCUCAUGCCUGCCAAGAACACACAUUAGUGUUCCAACAGGAUGAAAAUGACAGCAACUACUCAGUCAAUCCUCCUGCCAUAGAACAUGUGGUGGCAUUACCCACAGGACGACAUAUCGCCGCGUCUUCUGAAAAUGUUCUCAAUAUAUGGCCGUUGAAUAGUAGCACUUUGGCAUCAUGGACAAGCAGCAGCAUCAUAACAGCGCUUGAGGCUCCACUGCAUGGUGUGUGUGACCUUAUGAUCACUGGGCAUCAUGAUGGCUCUGUCACCCUGGCAGCCUUUACAGCGAGCGGCAUUAUUCCAAAUCCUAUUAGGCAUGCAGGAAGGCAGGACGUGUAUGUAAGUUGCCUAGCAUGGCAUGACCAAGAUAAAGAUCUGGCAGUGGGUUUCAGCGAUGGCGUUGUCCGCGUUUGUUCAGUCCAAUCUGAUGUGGGGAGUGUUACUGUUCAAGCCCAACAGGGACCAGUUCAGUGCCUAGAAUGGAGCAGCAACUGUUGCUUGCUGGCUUCUUGUGGGGAAGGCGGCACUAAGGUUUGGACUCAGACGUCAAGUGGAUGGACUCCUGUGUAUUCCUUGGAUUACAAAUCUCUACCACUAUGCAUAAAAUGGUCUCCAGUUAUAAGUGGAGUCCUUGAAGGGGAAUGUACACAUAUGUUAGUUGUGGGGCAUGAGGAUGGUCUAGUCACAGUGUGGGUAGUGCCCCAGAGUCCAUCUGCGUCUGGGGAUUCGGAAUAUAGGGGCAGCUCACAGCAUGGGGAAGGUGCUGAGUCAUGUGACCCAAGGUGCCAGCUGCAGCUACGAGGCCACCAGAGUCCAGUCACUUCCUUGGCCAUCUCAACUUCGGGUCUUAUGCUGGCCACAGGUUGCCAGAAGAGCAUGAAUGGAAUGGUUAAUGUCUGGUCGCUACAAGAAGGCUCGCUGCUCCAGACUCUGGUCGGCUCAGGAGGAAUUAAUGCCCUGGUUUGGUGCGGAACUUCUGGUUUGGCCAUUUGUGUGUCCCGAUCACAGAACGUAGUGUUUACAGCGCUAUCAGAUGACCAGUUCUUCAAGCUUCGUAUUCCGGCUUUCUGUCGCACACGUUUGCACACGUGGGGAAUGACGGGGCUGCAUCAGGCUCCCUGUCUGCGAGCGCUCUUGUCCCACCUUCCCUCUCUGCUGCUCUCACAAUACCAGCAUGAGAAACCGAUGGUAAGCAGCGGAGAACAACUGGUGCACAGCCGUUACCUGCAGCAGCUUUGUUCCUUGGCGUUGUUACUCAGGUUGGACUGCAUCCUCUGCACUCAGCCGGCACCAGUUCACGUUACCAGACCGGAAUCAGUUGUUGAAUGGAAUUGGUUGGAAACCCUUUGCACAGCUGUGAGUACAGCAGAGAGUCUAAAAAAGCGAACACCUCUCCCUCGUCCUUUUACAACCCAGCUUUUAAAGCAUUCAGAUGAUAAAGAACACCUGAACUAUGCCAUAGAAAAUGGCAAAUGGGACGUGGAACAGGACGCUGCUGUGAUGUCGUGGGCAACGCAUCACCCUGGGGACUGGCAGGUUGGAGGUCGUUGCCAGGUCUACAUGUGGGGCAGUGGGAGGCACGGGCAGUUGGCCGAGACAGGUCGAAGCAGUCUGGCACCAGUACUUACAGAAUCUCUAGGAUGUGCGCAGCAAGUUGUCUGCGGACAGAAUUGCACGUUCAUAGUGACCGCCAAUGGAUCCAUCUUGGCCUGCGGGGAGGGGAGUUAUGGUCGCCUGGGUCAAGGAAACUCGGAUGACCUGCACACGCCCUCUGUCAUAUCCACCUUGCAAGGCUUUGUGGUGACACAAGUUGCAACCUCAUGUGGCUCAGAUGGUCAUAGUUUAGCCGUAACGGACAGUGGAGAAGUUUUCUCGUGGGGGGACGGAGAUUACGGCAAAUUGGGUCACGGGAACUCAGACCGCCAACGGAGGCCAAGGCAGAUUGAGGCGUUCCAGGGACAGGAGGUCGUUCAGCUGGCUUGCGGAUUCAAGCACACAGCAGUGGUGACAUCGGAUGGCAAACUGUUCACUUUUGGGAAUGGGGAUUAUGGAAGACUUGGUCUGGGGUCGACUGCAAACAAGAAGCUUCCCGAGAGAGUUACGGCUCUUGAUGGCUGGCGGAUCGGUCAAGUGGCUUGUGGACUGAAUCACACUGUUUGUAUUGACAUUGAUGGAAACACUGUUUGGGCUUUUGGAGAUGGCGACUACGGAAAAUUAGGUUUAGGAAAUUCCACUUCAAAGUCUACACCACAGAAAGUCGAAGCUAUGUGUGGUAUUGGCAUUAAAAAGGUUUGUUGUGGCACGCAGUUUACAGUGUUUCUCACAAAAGAUGGCCGUGUUUAUACGUGUGGAAUGGAUCGGCUCAUUGGCCAGCCAGAAUCACGGACAAGAGGACACAAUCGGCCUCAGCAAGUUCCUGCUCUUGUGACUCAUGUUGUGGUUGAAAUAGCUGUUGGAUCCGAACACACAUUAGCACUUGCCAAUAAUGGAGAUGUGUAUGGCUGGGGAGUAAACAGCGACGGACAAUUGGGACUCGGGCACACUGCAGCAGUACGAGAACCCCAGCUCAUCUGGACACUGUCAGGGAAGGGGAUCCGUCAGAUCAGUGCCGGUCGCAGCCACAGUGCAGCCUGGUCAGCUCUGCCACUUCCCCCAGUAACCCCAGGGACCCCAGCUCCCAUGCAGCUUGGGAUUCCCGUGUCAGUGCCGCCACAGUACCCAAACUUGCAGAACAUUCCCCCAGGUGCUCUCUGCUCAAGGCUGAGGAUGCUCCAUCAGUUCAGUGAUCUGCUCUAUGCAUCAUGGAAGCUCAUACCCCUGACACCUGGGCUGGAAUGCUAUAUAGAAAAUGUGAGCGCUGUGACCUGUGCAGCAGUGCGUUCACUUGUGUCACCAAGAGUCUACACCCUUCCUUUGGUCCGUUGCCUUGGCCGAACUAUGGUCCAGGGACGAAAUUAUGGGCCUCAAGUUACAGUCAAAAGAAUAUCAACGAGAGGAGCACCGUGUAAGCCUAUUUUCAUACAGUUGGCUCGCCAAGUAGUGAAACUUAAGCCGUCAGAUCUGAGACUUCCCUCCAGAGCCUGGAAGGUAAAACUUGUUGGUGAAGGAGCAGAUGAUGCAGGUGGUGUGUUUGAUGACACGAUGACAGAAAUGUGUCAUGAACUGGUGACAGGUGGAGUUCCUCUUCUCAUACCAACACCCAAUGCAGUCUCGGAUGCUGGAAAUAACAGGGACCGUUUCCUCCUUAAUCCUGACUUGACUCAACAUCACCACCUUCUCUGGUUCAAAUUCUUAGGUAUAUUAUUUGGCAUUGCCAUUCGCACCAAGAAACCCCUUGCCCUCCCCCUGGCGCCGCUGGUUUGGAAACUGCUUGCUGGUGUCCCACCCUCAUCAUCUGAUCUGGAGGAGGUUGAUAUUGAAUAUAUGCAGAGCUUGCGAGCUAUCCGAGAUAUUGACCAGGAUGGUGUCACGGAAGACACUUUCCAUGAUGUGAUACCCCUUGAGAGUUUUGAGUGUACGAGCAUGACUGGAGCUCGGGUGGCUGUGGUUCCUGGAGGAAGAGCGGUUCCUUUGACGUUUACUAACAGACAAGAAUAUGUCAACCGUACGAUCUACUACAGGCUGCACCAGAUGGAUAGACAGGUUGCUGCUGUGCGUGAAGGCAUGGCCUGGAUCAUCCCUGUGCCACUGCUCUCUCUGAUGACAGCGGCUCAUCUUGAACAGCUAGUCUGCGGACUUCCACACAUUUCUGUGGCUACAUUAAAGAAAGUUGUGAGGUAUCGUGAGGUGGAUGAAAAUGACCCCCUUGUGGUAUGGCUCUGGCACAUUCUGGAGUCAUUCAGUCCCUGUGAACGGGUUUUGUUUGUCCGCUUUGUGUCAGGGCGCUCACGACUGCCAGCUAAUUUGGCUGAUCUGUCGCAACGGUUUCAGGUUAUGCGUGUGGACCGGCCAAUCGACUCACUGCCUACUGCUCAGACGUGCUUCUUCCAACUACGACUCCCACCCUACUCCAGCCAGGAGGUGAUGGCAGAAAAAAUGCGCUAUGCUAUCAACAACUGUCGCUCAAUUGAUAUGGAUAACUACAUGUUAGCCAGAAAUCAAGACCCGAACCAUCAUUCUGAUGAUGAUGAGUUUUAGAUAAUAGAUAAAGAUAUGGAGACAAUCAUAUAACAUGGAGAAAAAAUAGUGAUUGACAAACAUGAGCCUGUAUAAUAAUGAUGUGAUAUUUUCAUAUGUCACAUAUCAGAGCUUAUUUUAUUAUAGAUCAGAUUCAAAGACCCUUUAAAAUAAUCAGCCAUGAAAGAAAGUGCAUUCCAUUACAUAUAUUUAUGAUAAGAUUUAUGAAAACCUCUCAGUGUUUUUUAAAUAUGGCAGUGCUCAUUCCCCUCAGAAUACAGCACCUUUCAUCAUGUCUUUCAUUAUUAAAAGCCAUAUGUCAAUGUUUAUUACACUCAUGUUGGGUAAAUGUCGAAUCAUUCACAUACACAUUUAUUCUUUAUAGAGUGAAUAUUCAAGAAAGGCCAACUAAAGCUUUGAAUGUGAAAUCAGUAUAUAGCAGCAAGUCAUAAGUACCCUUUUGCUUUUGUGUGGACAACGGAUACGAAAGUCAUUGGAGGCUGAAUUUUUUUUCUACCCUUAUAGGAAAUCUCAUAAAUUGCUGUAGUUUUUGUAUAUUUAAAAAAAGAUCGAUCAUUUUUGUGAAUAAAAAAAAAAGUGUGAUAAUGGUGAAGCCAGCAAUUGCAACAUAAUUUGAGCUGUGACAUGUCAUAUUUUGACAAGUUUUCUUUUUUGUGCUUGGGGUGAUAGUAAAGAUAAAAUUUUACUGAAGUUCAUGGAUUAAGGAGCCGCAGUGUGGAAAGUCUCUUGUAUAAUUCAUGGUUAUAGGCUUUAUAAUGUUCUUGAGGUUUGAAUCUUUUAUGGUUAUAUAUUUAAUAGCUGAAAGGAAAUUGAAGACCCUGCAUCAAGUUUAUUUCAGGUUUUAUGCAGUGAUGUUUCUGUUUGUUAACUUAGUUUGGUAAAUCUUAUGGUAAUUUUAUGAAACUGAAAAUAACCUACCUAGUCUUUUAGUCACAAAAUUUUAUGUAUGUAAAAUUCUACAUCCUGUAAACCAAAAUGUCUCUCAAACGCUUAUAUUACUGGUGGUUAAAGGAGCCAGGGCAGUUACCGAUUGCUUCAAACCCUAAAUGGGAAGCAUUCUGCAUAAUGUACAGAGAAGUUUACUGAGAGAGAGAGAGAGAGAGAGAGAGAGAAAGAGAGAGAGAGAGAGAGAGCGAGAGAGAGAGAGAGAAAAUCACGAACGGGAGUGAAUCCUAGAUUGUAGGAUCUUUUCAUUCAAUUUUAUCAUAGGUGAAACUUGUGGAGGAGCUUCUCAGUAGUCUCGUCUGUGUUGUGUAUUAGUGUGGUGCUGAAGUUACGGUUUUGUAUUUUGAUGUGUGUGUUUUUUUAUGAGUGGCUUUAUUAUGAACAGGAAUAGCUUGAGUAAGAUUGUGUGAACCUUGUAAUCUGGUAGCACCAAUAUUUUAGCUAUUGUAAACUAUGAAAGAAUGUGGUCUGUGUUACUAAAUAAGACUGUGAAGUUAAGUUUGCCUUCAGUCUGUAGUGAAUUACAGCAUUAGUUUUUGGAUAUGUGCAGUAUAUGAUAAAGAAUGCUGUGUUUUUUGUUCUCUUUUUUUUAGGAAGAAUUAUUUUCAUUUCCUUUUUGAUGAAAUGUGAUAAAUGUCUCUCUUUUUUUUUAAGUGUGUGGGGGGAGUGUACAUAGCAGCUGAUUUUGACCAAACUGCAGUGAUGUUAUAAAGAGAAAAAAGCCUCUCUUUUGCAAGACACCAAUUAAGAAGCUAAAUGAUUCAGGUUUUCAGUCCGAGUAUGAGCUUUUGGAUGUCGCUUUUUCAUUUUUCUUUGGCGAUAUUUCCCUCGGUGUGUGUGUCUUGUGAUGAAGAAGAAAAACAUUAUGCAAACAAAGAGACAAACCUGUUUUACUUGAGGAAUGUGAUUUAAGAUGAAAUGAUGACCAAUUGCUGUUAAGAAAUAAUAUCUCUUUGAGCUGGUUUGCUUUUGGAGACUUUUUAAAAAUAGAUAUGGUGAGGAAAUUCUUUUUAAAAUCACAUAUUGCUUUCCAUUUGAUUUGGUGAAAAAAAAAAAAAAAAAGAGCGAGCUCAUAUUCUUUCGUGGAACACAACAAACUGCCUUGCUUCUUGUAAGGUGUUUCAUUUGGACUGAGGUGUAGUAGUGGCAUUGUAUUUUUAAACAGGGGUUCUUUUUCAGAUGAGUAUCAUUUUAUCAAUAUAUUGCUCAGGAAUUAUUGCCUUCGUUACAAGAGACUUUGUUUCCCCCAACUACGAUAUGUUGUUUACGGUCUUCAGCGAUGGUCUACUGUCGAUCAAAUGUGAUUUAAUUUAUUUGUUUGUUUUUGAUGGAGUCUAGAUUCUAGGUUAUAGGCGAAGAGGUGAUCAUUUCUAUACUAUACUAUUAUUAUUUUCUUUUUAUCAAGGCAAAGAUGCAUUUGAGAAAUUGGUGACGAUUAGCUGAACUAUCACUAACCUGUGAAGUGCAUUUUCACCUCAGUAAAAAGAAAAAGAGUAUGGUUUUAAUUGUUUCAGCUUUGAAACUAUGUAUUUGAUUUACUAUCAUCUGUAUCUGUUAAGCUCUCAUUUAUUUCAUGAUGUUUUCUCCUGAACGAUAAACAUUUUCUGUUUUAUUUAUAUCAUCAGUUCAUUUUACACUAACUUUAAGUAGGAUCAUUGUGGAAAAGGUUAAUAUAUUAUGAAAGUUAAAAAAAAAAAUAAUUGAUAUGCAAGAAGUAAGAAAAACUUCAGUAUACUUGCUAGUCACGAGAGACGCAUUCACAAUCACUAAUGACUGUUCUGACAAAAUUGUUUGGAUCCGCACGGGCAGUUAAGGAAAAGGGUGAUGGCGGCCUUUCGACUUUGGGGCCGUCACGUCUUGCUACUCCUCUGCCUAACUGUGUCGAUGGGUAGGUAAUUGGAUAAGAAAUAUUGAAAAACGCAGAUGCUUUAUAUGUCUAGAACAUCAGUCAUGCAUCAAGGAGAGUGAAUGGGUUCCUUGAAAACCUUUUUUUUUUUUUUAUUGGUUUAUGUUUCUUGCCAUUUUGCUUUUUUGCUCACUAUACAUUGUUGAAUCACAUGAUAUUUGUUUUGUUUAUGUAAUUCUGUUUGGAUUAUCACUAAGAAAGUAAAAAGACAAUUGUACUGUAUUUGUAUGCAGGUUGAAUAAGAAAAAAAGUGAUGGAU